GAACGUACAACUCGAGCUAAAUUGCUCCAAAAAGCAGCUGGACUAAGUCCCGUCGUCAUGUGGGGUAGCGCUUUUGUCUUCGAUUGGGUGUGGUUCGAGCUCGUCAACAUCCCUAUUCUGAUCUCGUGUGCCCUUUUUAAAGUCAUUGGAAUUUCUACAUUCAGGCAAAUAUCUCGCGUACUUAUUCUCAUGACGGUGUACGGAGCCAGCAUGUUGCCGUUCGUUUAUAUAUGUUCGUAUUUAUUUAAUGGACCGGGCGUUGGAUUUGUCACUCUUUUCUUUUUCAAUGUACUGUUCGGUGUGAUGGCCCCGCAAGUCGUAGAUAUAUUAUGGCUUCCAAAACACAACACGAGAGUAAUGGGCGACGUUAUCGAUGGUGUGCUGGAGUUUCAUCCUCUUUACAGCUUUGUAACUUCUGUAAGAUCGUUAAAUCAUAUCGGUCUGGUCGAGCACAUGUGCUACCAAGCCUGUGAAAUAAUGCAGUCAGUGAUGGCGAACAUCACUGAGUGCAGCAUGGCGACCAUGUGCACACAUUUCUCCGACGCCUGUUGUAUUCCGGAGCAUGCACAUUGGCGUUGGGUCUCGCCAGGCGUGAUGAGAUACGUGCUCUUAAUGAUAAUAUCUGGUGUCGUCGGGUGGUGCACGCUCAUGAUGGCUGAGUACAGAAUACUGCAGAAGAUAUUCAGGAAGGAUCGUAUACCACGGCCAUUGAAUGAGAGCCAAUUAGACGACGAUGUCUUGGCAGAGAUGAGAUAUGUCGCAGGCAUUGAAAAAGGGCAAGGGGACCAUACCUUAGUGGUGAAAAAAACUACGAAAUAUUAUCACGGUUACCUCGCUGUUAACCAAGUGUCUUUCACUGUUAGUGAAUCAGAAUGUUUUGGUUUGCUGGGUGUAAAUGGCGCAGGUAAGACAACUACAUUCAAAAUGCUGAUGGGUGACGAAACGAUAUCAAGUGGUGACGCUUACGUCGCUGGGCAUUCCGUCAGGACUGAAAUCAACAAAGUUUAUAAGAAUAUUG